GUCACCCAACAAACGUUCGACCACAUCACAUCAGAUAUCAGACUUGCUUCUCGUGAGCUGCAGUGAACAAUUGCCAGGAAGCUCCAGUCAACUCUUUCCUCGACCAUCAAUUAACUCCAACUUGGUAUCUUAGAAUAUGGCUCAAAGUCUACCAAAUCCUCACUUGGCGUUAAUGGAAAAUGACAAGCUACACCAUCUUGGAUAUUCAACAACUGAAGAUCUAAAAGCACUGUUUGGAGAUGUAAAGUUUGUGUGUGUGGGAGGCAGUGCCAACAGAAUGUUGAUGCUAACCACCAUGCUACAUGAUGAAUUCUCAAUCCCAUUGCCAGCAACGGGCAAGCCUGAAAACAUCUGUAAAACUGAACGCUUUGUCAUGUACAAAGUCGGGCCUGUUUUAGCAAGCAACCAUCAUAUAGGUGGGACUUCAGUGACAAUUGUCCUCCAUGAGCUGAUCAAACUUCUUUACUAUGCUGGCUGUGUGGAACCAAUAUUCAUUAGAAUUGGCACAUCAGGAGGCGUCGGUAUUCCACCUGGAACUAUAGUCAUUACAGACAGAGGAUACGACGAACAGCUGAAGAAUCAACAUAUAGUCACAACUCUUGGCAAAUUCCAAGUUACUGAUGCGGUAUUUGACAAAGGCUUAGCAGAAGAAAUACAACGUCACCAUACAGAAAAGUCGCAUGAUGUCAUUAUCGGUUCCACACUUGCAAUUCGUGACUUCUACGAAGGAAUGGGUCGAUUAGAUGGUGCUGUUUGUGAACAUGGAGAAGAAGAGAGACUGGCAUUUCACCGCAAGCUUCAAGAGCUGGGAAUCAAGAACAUUGAAAAGGAGGCAACGUCAAUGUCAUCUUUAUGUAAACGAGCAAACCGACAAGCUGCAAUGGUGUGCGUCAUCCUUGCAGACAGAUUGAGUAGUGAUCGAAUACAGUUAACUCCAGAGACUUACAAGGAGUAUAAUUUGAGACCUUUGAGGCUAGUGACCAGAUUUAUUAAACAUCGUUUGGAGCAGGCGUGUGACGGCUAUGAAGCAAAGACUGACUAAACCCAAUUGUUCAGUGAUGGAAAAGGAGAGAGACUAGCAUGCGAAAGUAUUGUAACAGUGAAAAUGUUACUUUGUGGUGGUGUGGUGAAUGUCUUCUGUAUGUGUAUUUUAAUAUCUAUACAAUCAUGUGUGUA